AUGGCACAACAGGGCUUCUUGCUGGAGCAGCGGGCUGACGCCCUUCUGGUCCGCGCCCCGCAGGUGCAGCUGCACGUGCUGUUCGAGCACGCGGCGGGCUACGCGCUCUUCGCGGUGCGGCCGACGGAGGAGGUGUCGCUGCUGCAGCCGACGGUGGCGGAGGACGCGCUGAGCCUGGGCCGCUUCCUGGCCCUGGUGCGCCUCGAGGCCUUCUCGCCCUUCCGCUCGGCCCAGGCCGCGCUGGAGAACAUAAACGCCGUCUCGGAGGGGCUGCUGCACGAGGACCUGCGGCUGCUGCUGGAGACGAGCCUGCCGGCCAAGCGGAAGAAGCUCCUGCUGGGCGUCAGCGACCCCAAGAUCGGCGCGGCCAUCCAGGAGGAGCUGGGCUGCCCGUGCCAGGCGGGCGGCGUCGUGGCCGAGCUCUCGCGAGGGAUCCGGCUGCACUUCCACAGCCUGGUCAAGGGCCUGAGCGCCCAGGCCGCCUCCAAGGCCCAGCUGGGGCUCGGGCACAGCUACUCGCGGGCCAAGGUGAAGUUCAACGUCAACCGGGUGGACAACAUGAUCAUCCAGUCCAUCAGCCUCCUGGACCAGCUGGACAAGGACACCAACACUUUCUCCAUGCGGGUCAGAGAGUGGUACGGCUAUCACUUUCCAGAGCUGAUCAAGAUCGUGAGCGACAACUACACCUACUGCCGCUUGGCCAAGCUAAUCGGGAACCGCAAGGAACUGAGUGAGGAGAGCCUGGAGGCCUUGGAGGAGGUCGUCAUGGACAGCGCCAAGGCCCAAGCCAUUCUGGACGCCUCCCGCUCUUCCAUGGGAAUGGACAUCUCGCCCAUUGACCUCAUCAACAUCGAGAGCUUUUCCAGGCGGGUCAUCUCCCUCUCCGAAUAUCGCAAAGGUUUGCAGGAGUAUCUCCGCUCCAAAAUGAACCAGGUGGCUCCCAGCCUCUCGGCCUUAAUUGGAGAAGUGGUGGGGGCUCGGCUCAUUUCCCACGCAGGCAGCUUGACCAAUCUGGCCAAGUACCCAGCCUCAACAGUUCAGAUCCUGGGGGCAGAGAAGGCCCUCUUCAGGGCCCUGAAGACCCGGGGAAACACCCCCAAGUACGGCCUGAUAUUUCACUCCACCUUCAUCGGGCGAGCAGCAGCAAAGAACAAGGGGCGCAUCUCUCGCUACCUGGCCAACAAAUGCACCAUCGCAUCCCGCAUCGACUGCUUCUCAGAAGUCCCAACUUCUGUCUUUGGGGACAAGCUGCGAGAGCAGGUGGAAGAGCGCCUGGCCUUCUAUGAAACCGGGGAGGUCCCUCGCAAGAACCUGGAGGUCAUGAAAGAGGCCGUGGUGGAGGCUUCAGAAGCAGCAGCUGAAAUCAAAAGAAAGAUGGAGAAGAAGCAACGGAAGAAGCAGAAGCAGGAGAAGAAGCGCCUGGAGGCUUUGGCAGCAGCAGCUGCAGAAGCAGCAGAGGCGAUGCAGAACUCGGUCCCGGAGUCUCCCGGACAGGAGAACGAGGUGAAGCCCAAGAAGAAGAAAAGGAAGCCCCAAGAGGUGGAGGCAGAGCCGGCCAACAACGGCCUGGCAGACGAAGAAGCGCCGUCGCCCAAGAAGAAGAAGAAGCACCGGCUGCUGGUGGCAGAGGCGCCCCCGGCCCCCCAGGGGAAGAAGACGAAAAAGAGGAAGGCCAAGGCGGAAGAAGAGGACGACGACUAGCGUGGAGGAGUCCAGCCGAUGAUGCGAAGUCCGUCCAGUUUUGCUUGUUUGAACGAAGUUUGGGCUCUAUUUUCGCACAACCCAGAACUCUCAAGGCGACAAGGCUGCAGGCCCAGCGGGCAGAACUGCCGCAAGAGGCCCUGCCUGGGCUCUGAGG